GAAACACAAGUCAAUCAUCCAUCAACAAUGCCGGAGGACGAUAUUAGAAACAAGUUCCUCGAUGCUGGCGAUAGCGACGACGAUGCGGGCCACGGUUCCGACUCGGAGGAUGAUUUCCAAAAGGGUGGCCGUAACGCUAAGCGCAGAAGAGUGAGCGAUGACGAGGACAGCGAAGCCGACGACUUCACCGACGCAGAGGAGGAACACGACCAAGAGGAUGCUGAAAGCAAGGAUGCACCUGCAAAGGACGACCAGGAAACAACAGAUGGAAAGGGAAAGAAGGAUGGAAAGAAGGAGAAGGAGAAGGAGAAGAAGUCGGUACUAGCGAGUGACCUUCCGGGCAUGACGAAGCCUCUCACAAAGAAGAAUCUCAUCGUCACGGAGGAGGCCAUCAAGAAGUCGGGAGUGGUGUACAUCUCCAGGGUACCACCUUUCAUGACUCCUGCCAAGUUGCGCUCCCUGUUGGAGCCGUACGGAAAGUUGAAUCGCAUAUUCCUGGCCCCCGAGGACCCAGUUGCGCGGCGCAAGCGCAUUCGCAGCGGAGGCAACAAAAAGAAGAUGUUUACAGAAGGCUGGAUUGAGUUUGUCAAGAAGAAGGACGCCAAAAAGGCAUGCGAACUCCUUAAUGCCCGUCCAAUCGGAGGCAAGAAGGGAUCCUACUACCGCGACGAUAUCUGGAACCUGCUCUACCUCAAGGGUUUCAAGUGGCACAACCUGACCGAACAAAUCGCUGCUGAGAACGCCGAGCGAUCCAGCAGGAUGCGCGCUGAAAUCUCAAAGACAACCAAAGAGAACAAGGAGUUCGUCCGCAACGUGGAAAGGGCCAAGGUGCUGCAGGGCAUUCAGGCAAAGAAGGCGUCCAAGGGCAGCAAGGAGGGCGGUGAGGGUGCCGCCCAAGUCACAGAAUCUACUACUCCCUCGGCGGCGACGACGACGACGACGACGACGACAACAACAAACGACGAUAAGAGGAGAACAUUCAAGCAAAUACCCCUGGCCAAGAAGAGGAAGCUCGAUGAGACACAGCCCGAGCAAGUACAAAGAGUGCUUAGCAAGAUCUUUUAA